AUGCCAAUUGUUCAAGCAGAUGAUAUCUCGGGUAAAACAUUUGACUAUGUUAUCGUCGAUUGCCGUCCUUGUUCAGGUGGAGGGACCGCGGGCCUUGUCGUCGCUGCCAGGCUCUCCGAAGACCCCAAUGUGUCCGUGCUAGUCCUCGAAGCUGGCCCAGCGAAUAUCGAUGAUGCGCUGCUCCGCCGACCUGCAUCGAUCGGCGCGACGUUUGGCCAAGAACAGUACGAUUGGUCGUUCAAGACUAUUCCCCAAACCCAUAGCAACGACAAGGAGUACUUUUGGUUCCGGGGCCGAACUCUUGGCGGAAGCUCUGCUGUCAAUUUCUUCGCCUGGAACAAACCACCCGCGGAUCAUAUUGAUGGCGCGUCGUCCCUGCAAUUUCAUCACCACAUUUGCGCUCAUAGAGUUCGUGUUUCUGUAGAUCUCGAGCGUCUCGGGAACCCCGGAUGGAACUGGGCCAAUUUCCAAAAGUACAUCGCCAGAGCAGAAGGAUUCGUUCCGCCGACCUUCGAGGAGAUCAAGGAGCACGAGCUGAUUGGAGCUGAAACUUGGAAGCUCGGAGGAGAAGGUCCGAUCGACCUUGCUAUACCCAAGCGCUUCCUCGCUGGGGAUCUGGACGCCAUUCACACUGUCCUGAACGCCGGCAUCCCGCGCGCUGCAGCUCCACUCAAUGGAGACUUGACGGGGUUGUCCUUCGCCCCGAGCACCAUCAAUCCUGUUACGUUUUCUAGAUCAUAUGCUACAACGGGAUACUGGCUGCCGAACCAGAACCGUCCGAACCUAUCACUCGUUGUCAAUGCUACAGCGACCAAAAUCAUUACUGAAGGCGAGAGCCCAUCGUUGGAGGCCACUGGCGUCCAAUUUGUCAUCAAGGGGGCAAACAAUGUUCAUAAAGUCGUGCAUGCUGGGAAGGAGGUGAUACUGUCUGCUGGAUCUAUCAAGACUCCUCACUUGCUCGAGCUGUCGGGUAUUGGGAACAAGAAAAUUCUGGACAAGGUCGGUAUCCCGGUCAAGAUCGACUUGCCCGGAGUCGGCGAGAAUGUUCAGGAGCAUUGUUUCAUCUCUAUCACGUUUGAGCUCCGAGACGACGUCCCCUACGAGACAUUCGACGUUCUCCGAGACCCCGCUCGCGCAGCAAAGGAGCUCGAACUCUACGCGAAAGGCGAGGGCUUACACACAUACACGCCCCACGGCUAUAUAUUCGCACCGCUCGAAACGCUCUCAUCCCGCGGAGAGGAAAUUCAUGACGCGCAGAGGGCGAAGGUGAAAGCGAAUGCCGAGAAAUACCCACCCGGCAUCCGCGCGCAGUAUGAGGUGAUGUCCCAGCGUCUGGACAGGCGCUCCCCUGGCUGCGAGAUAAUGUUCUAUUCUGCGCUGUCGUCAUUUCCUAAUCCGCCUGAAGAUGGGAAGAAGUAUUUCUCUUACCAUACAUCCAUGAAUCAUCAGUGGUCCAGGGGAAAUAUUCACAUCACUUCCGAAGAUCCCUUGGCACAGCCUGCCAUUGACCCGCACUACUUUGAGGAAGACAUCGACUUGAAGACCUUCGUUGAAGAUGUCAAAUUCAUUAGGAAGCUGCCGACGUUCUCUCCUCACAAGGAAGUGAUCGUCAAGGAGAUCAACCCUGGUCCUGACGUCACCACUGACGAGCAGAUCGGCGAUUGGAUCAAGAACUACAUGUCCACCACGUUCCACACUGCAGGCUCUGCAUCGAUGCUUCCGAAGGACAAAGACGGGGUUGUGGACCCCAGGCUGAAGGUAUAUGGGACGAGCAAUCUCCGCGUCGUCGAUUUGUCCGUGGUCCCCCUCCUCUUUGCGGCCCACUCUCAAUCUGUUGUUUACGGGCUAGCUGAGCAAGCCGCGGCCAUCAUCAAGGGCGAGAUCUAA